AUGACUCCUGCGAUGAGUUUGAUUACUCUGGCUGUUGUCUCCUGGAGCCUGGUCUAUGGAGUGACGGCUGGUGUUAUAUCUUCAGGAUGGACACCGACAAUAUCAGAAGUAACCACCAGCCCACGCCCUAGUCCAUCCCGCCCAGGGCCAUGCUCUCCAUGCCCUCAAUCCUCCUCAUGUCCUGUCGCCACCAUAGUGACCGUCACUGUGACUGCAACGGCAUGUGUCCCGACAAGCACUCCUAGUGGCGGUGGAGGUGUAACUCAACCUCAUCCUUCCCCGUCUUUCCCAGUGCCACCGGGCACACCAGGAGCUGGAGCUAGUCAAACAAGCGGUGGUCAACCAGGUCCAAGUCCAGGGCCAAGUCCAGGUCCAAGUCCAGGUCCAGGGGGAGGUCCAGGUCCAAGUCCAGGGGGAGGUCCAAGUCAAGGUCCAGGGCCAGGGCCAGGUCCAGGGCCCGGUCCCAGUCAACCAGGUCAAUCCCCAUGCCCAACCAUCCCCGUGGGACCCGGAGGUCCGUCAGCAUCGACCACUGUGCAUGUUCCAACCAUACCCUCCUCAGUGCAGCCUCAACCUACCAGCUCCCUCCCUACAACCAUCUCCCCCGUUCAUCCACCUACGAGCACCCCAGGGAAAACCAAGCCAGUCCCGCCACCAGGUACCCCAGGGAAAACCAAGCCGGUCCCACCGAUCAGUACGCCGGUGCAACCUCCACCCAGUGUGCAUCCAACUACCGAACCUGUUCCUUCUCUACCAAGUACCCCAGGCACACCAGUUCAACCUCCACCAAGUGUGCACCCAACUACCCUACCAGUACCUCCAGGAAGCACCCCGGGGGGAACUAAGCCUAUACCACCACCGAGCACUCCAGUCCAGCCUCCGCCCAGCGAGAAACCUUCACCAAGCACUCCAGGAGAGACUAAACCGGUACCACCAGGCACACCAGUCCAG